AUGAGCAGUGAACCUGGAUUCAAACUCAUAGAGAGACCUAUAUCUCGAAGAAAGAAUCGAAAUAGCAAGAAUCUAUGGAAAGAAAAGUCAGCCGAAGAUUAUAAGAAUAUUAUCGAUAACUUGCAAACAGUGAUCAAAAAUUCACCUUAUUAUGCAGCAUUGUUGAAAGCUCUCGGAGCAAUACCCGGUGAUUCGGUUAAAUAUAUUCGAUGUUUGGCUUUGGGUUCGCCCACAAGCACUACUGGUAUACAUUGCCAAUACCAGCUUGCGUUAUUAAUUAUUUUAUUAGAUCAUUUUAAGCUUGCAGCCAAAGAUGUCACAGCAUGGGAUCCAGUUUUUGAAUCAAAGGAUCUUGAUCUCCUCAAACUUUAUGGGUUUGACGUGGUGGAGGAGGUCACCCCUGGUGAUGGCAUUCCUGACAUGACAGAGUGGUUAUACUAUAUGCCUCAUGCCCCACAUAUAUUAACGGAAAGGGUCUUAAAAGCCGUUGAUUCCCUUCCACGAGGAGUUAUCCUUGGAAACGAUCUGCUCACCUUUGAUACUAGAGUAAUCGACGAAGGUGAAGAAUCAACAAAAGAUAUUGCAUUUGUAAGAAGCAUUUCAAAACAAUUGGUUGAAGGAGAUAAAGACAGUAACUGGGCAAUUGAGCAAAUCCCAAAUUUCCCGCUUAAAAAUGCGAACUGGAUGACGGCAUUUUACGACAUGUCUGUACAUAUAAAGCAUACCCGUUAA